GUGGAGGAGUCUAUGUAUCGGUAUGGAGUAUAGUGCCGACAGCAAACUGGAUGACAGGGAGUGCAGACAAGCCUCGCAUGCUCACACACUGAUCACUGGUGUACAGUGACUGUUGCUGCAGACUUCAGCAGGAUUCCAUCCUUUCUAUGAUUUUACCUCUUAUUUCUUCAAGCUGGACUCUUCAUUUCUUGAUUUUUGGACGCCUUUUGUGAGCCGCCUUACCCCCCUUUCCCCUUUUCCCUUUUCUCUCCCUCUCCACACUUCUCUUCCCUCUCUCCCCUUCAUUCUUCCCUGUUGAGCUUUUGAUCAAAUUUGGAUCAGCCUGUGCACUAAGAUGAGUUGGCUGAGUCGUUUAAAUCCAAGAGGUCCAGGCACUCGGACCAGUCGACAUGCAGCCCCAUCCAGCCCAUGCACUGCCGACCCUGAGACUUGUCUUAUGGUGUUUGAGAACCACUGGAGACAGGUGUCAGGGGUGUUGAAACAGAGAGAGUCUUCAGUGGGCUGCUAUGCCGAUGAUCUCACUGCAGUUCGCAAUCACACAGAUCAGAUGCUGUGCCUGCUAGCUGAAGAGAGACCAGCGGGGGGAGACAUUGAAUCACCAGCAAUGGGUCCUAUUCUGGAGAUGGUGGUGGCAGAAAACAUCCUUGAUGAGUUGGUACAAUGGCAUUUGCGCCGUGGUCUGGAUCCAGACAGCCAGCUGGAGCUGUUGAAAUUGUUUGAGAUGCUGAUAGGACAGUCACAUCAGCCCCUGCUCCUGCACAGUCCAGUGCUACAACCGCUCCUAAGCCUGCUGGGAGCAUGUGUGGAUCCCCAGCUGGGCUGCCCUGCUGCCCUAGAGUCCAGCCUCGUACUGCUGCUAAAUCAGGUAUGUGUAUGCAUGGCGAAGGAAACUGCAGUUUUGGAGUUGAUAUUUAGGUGUGGACCGGUACAGCAGGGUCCCACUAACCUGCUGAUCUUCUCCUUGUUGGUGCCAUUUAUUCAUCGAGACGGCUCUCUGGGGCAGCAGGCCCGUGAUGCGCUGCUGCUCGUCAUGGCAACCUCUGCCAGCAACCACACUGUUGCACGUCACAUCGCAGAGAACUCCUACUUCUGCCCAGUGCUAGCAACAGGGCUGAGUGGACUGUAUUCAUCCCUGCCACGGAAGAUUGAGGUACGGGGCGACGACUGGCAUGCCUUGCGGAGGGAGGACUGGAUGGGCGUCUCCUCUCUAGUGCUUUUCAUGAACAGUCUUGAAUUCUGUAAUGCUGUAGUACAGGUGGCACACCCUCUUGUGCGCUGCCAACUCCUUGACUACCUCCACAAUGGCUUCCUGGUUCCAGUCAUAGGCCCCGCUCUGCACAAGUCGUCAGUGGAUGAGAUGAUAGCAAGCACGGCAUAUCUGGACUUGUUUUUACGCAGUAUCACAGAAACUUCCCUCCUUAAGACCUUCCUGUGCUUCAUUCUGUUGCAUCGCCAUGACAAUGACACCAUCCUUGAUACACUACUCACACGCAUCAGCAGCAAUUCACGGCUGUGCAUGGUCUCUCUGAGUCUGUUCAAGACAUUGCUCAGUCUCAACUGUGAAGACCUCAUGCUCCAGCUUGUUCUCAGGUAUCUGUUGCCAUGCACACAUGUAAUGCUGAGUCAGCGAAGGGCAGUCAGAGAAACAGACCUCUAUGGCAAAUCAGCUGACAAGUUCCUUUCCCUCAUACCAGAAUGCUGCCGAAUCACUGCAGCACCCUCUAGUGAGCGGGAUGAUGAACCUGCCUUUUGGGGAAAGGUGCUAGGUAGUCCCACUUCAGAGUCACCGGUUCACCCAAGACCCAGCACUCCUUCCCGCCUCGCUCUCUUUAUUCGACAGCAAAGCUCAGGAGGCCAAGCCAACCCCCCCUCGUCUGGCUCGGAGAACGCUCCCUCUUCUCCUCGUGGUAGUGUUUCCUCCCCUCUGUCUCCUGACAGCCCCAUGCACCAACUCCAAGACGCUUCAGAAGGAGAGACUGGCUACCUGGAGUACCUGCGUGAUGCUCGGAAGGGUAUUGAGCUCUGCUCCUGGGCCUGUCGAGACUGGUCAGCCCCUUACGAUGGAGAAAAUCCCUCUCCAAACUCUGCUCCUCCUCCAUCUCCCGCUCCUACGUCCAACCCCUCCCUCAGUAUGGUACAAGAGCAUUUCUCCAUAAUGGACCCCGCUCAGCAGAGGGCAGCAGUCGUGGCUGCAGCAUGUGCCGAGUGGAGCAGUUCAGAUCGAGAUAGUGGAGAGUGGGCUGUUACCAUCAGCAAGAACUGUAUCAGUCUCACACCCCGCAGUAAGAAACACAGCCUUCUUCCCAGUUCUAUACCUCUCCAGUCUUCUUCUUCUGCAUCAGUCUCUACAGAAAUAACAGGUGCUGUGGAAACCGUAUCCCAACACUCUCAUUUGGCACUUCAUCCAGCGCUCCAUAAUGGUAUGGGGCAGGUGGAGCUCACAGACAGUGUGGAUGAGAGAAUGGAAGUUAAGAAAGUGAAAAGGGACUCUGAUGUAAAUAACAGCGUGGUGGAGUCAGGGAUGAACGGGUCGAUGGGUAUGUGCCCGGUUGACUACAAUGAUUUACACGUAGGAUCGGCAAUGAAAUCAUCUCAGGUGCAGGUGAAGCCACAUCUGCAACAUCAAACCUCCGUGCCCUCUUCUACCCAAGAGUGUCUGCAAAGCGAGAGCCAGAGAUUAUCUCCUGUUCCUGCCUUGACCGAGACUUCCACAGUUCCCCGUGAAAGUAGGGGUCCGGAGUCCGUUGAGCGUCUGAUUGAGGAGUUGCUGGAGCAGGCGCCGUCGGAGCCAUUGUCUGGAGACUCGAAAUGCCAGGGAAUCAGCAUUGAGGCUUUUCACCAGGAGCUGAAGGAGCUGGAGGAACGUGUAAGGGAGAGGAGGGUUCUUUCACGCAGCUCGGAGGAGUCCUCUCGGGAAUCUCGCACUGCUCCUGCUUCCAGCCUGACAGAUGAGGACUGUCUUCCAGUGGAGACUGAGCAGCACUCCAGUGAAACGAAGCCUGACAGCUCUGCCCCUGGGGUGUUUAGCCCCGCACGACCCCUCGGACAACCUCUUGCUCAACCGUACACAGGUCCAUUUAUAACAGUCCUGUUCAGUAAACUGGAGAGUAUGAUGCAGAACUCCCUAUAUGUGAACAUUUUGCUGACGGGUGUUGUGUUCCAGCUGGCCUGUUACCCUCAGCCUCUCCUCCGCUCUUUCCUCCUCAACGCCAACAUGGUGUUUCAGCCCAGUGUUAAAUCACUCAUUCAGGUGCUAGGAUCAGUAAAAAAUCGCAUUGAAGUAUUUGCAGCAGCACACGAGGAUUUCCCUGCCAUGUUAAGAAAGGCUCGCCGCUUUCUGGUUGCAAGAGGAAAGUUAGACUGGUCUGACUCACCCAUGGGAGUGCCCAACCUCCGUCGUUCAGACUCAUUAAUUAAAAGCCGAAAACCAUCUCUGGGCGAUCUUAUCCUGAGGCACACCAACAGUCCUACGAGAGCUCGACAUGCAGCUCAGUUGGCCUUGGCCCACGUGAGAGACGGAGGGCAGUCUCUGCACAGUGCUUUGUUUCGGGGUGGUGCAGCCAGUGGGGGCUCUGGCCUGGAGAAGCAGGCAGAGGCAUUAAGGGUGAAAAACGCAGUCUACUGUGCUGUUAUUUUCUCAGAGUUUCUCAAAGAGCUAGCAGCUCUUGCACAGGAGCAUGCUGUAGCCCUGCCCUUCCCACCUAGUCAAGGCACUGAGGAAUAACACCAGGCCAAAAUGUUCCUCUAUACUUGCUAUAUCCACUGUUCCCGGCACUGAGCUGUAGACUAUUAUAUCCCUGAGAUUUUUCAAACAAACAGUCUUUUUUUCAAGGGACUUAAUGCACUCAAAGAGACAGGAAAAAUCAGUUGAUCAUAAAGGUAAAGAGAGAGGACAUCUCUUGUUAAUAAUCUCAUGUUCAUAAUGUCGUUUUUUUUAUUGUACAGGACCAUUUAUCUAUUAAGCUUUAGGAAAUUGUGCAUAUAAAUCUUGUAUAUAGUCUAUAUAAAAUAUCUAUGUGUAUAAUGAUUUUU